AUGACAAUGGACAUUGUCAAGAAGAAGGGGGACGAGGAGUACAGCAUCAAGCCUCAGGCUGUGACUCCAGCCCUUGAUACGAGCUCGUGGCCGCUGCUCCUCAAAAACUACGACAGGCUGCUCGUGCGGACGGGACAUUUCACCCCGAUCCCCAAUGGAAGCGCUCCGUUGAAGCGCGACCUCAAGUCGUACAUUAGCUCUGGCGUCAUCAACCUCGACAAGCCCUCCAACCCGUCCAGCCACGAGGUCGUCGCUUGGGUCAAGCGCAUCCUCCGUGUCGAAAAGACCGGCCACAGCGGUACCCUCGACCCCAAGGUCACCGGCUGCCUGAUUGUCUGCAUCGAUCGCGCGACCCGCCUUGUCAAGUCGCAGCAGGGCGCCGGCAAGGAGUACGUCUGCAUCAUCCGCCUCCACGACAAGGUGCCCGGUGGCCAGGCGCAGUUUGCCCGCGCCCUGGAGACCCUCACCGGCGCCCUCUUCCAGCGUCCUCCCCUCAUCUCGGCCGUCAAGCGACAGCUCCGUAUCCGUACCAUUCACGAGAGCAAGCUCAUCGAGUUCGACAACGACCGCCACCUCGGCGUCUUCUGGGUCAGCUGCGAGGCCGGCACCUACAUCCGGACCCUCUGCGUCCAUUUGGGCCUGCUGCUCGGCGUCGGCGCCCACAUGCAGGAGCUGCGACGUGUGCGAAGCGGUGCCAUGGACGAGUCCAAGCAGCUUGUCACCCUGCACGACGUGCUCGACGCGCAGUGGACAAUGGACAACACGCGUGACGAGACCUACCUGCGCAAGGUCAUCUCCCCGCUUGAGACUCUCUUGACCACGUACAAGCGACUGGUCGUCAAGGACAGCGCCGUCAACGCCGUGUGCUACGGUGCCAAGCUCAUGCUUCCCGGCCUUUUGCGCUACGAGGCUGCCAUUGAGCAUCACGAGGAGGUCGUCUUGAUGACCACCAAGGGAGAGGCCAUUGCGCUGGGCAUCGCCCAGAUGUCCACCGUGGAGAUGUCGACGUGCGACCAUGGCGUUGUUGCCAAGGUCAAGCGAUGCAUCAUGGAGCGCGACCUGUACCCAAGACGAUGGGGUCUCGGCCCUGUGGCCCAGGAGAAGAAGAAGCUCAAGGCCAGCGGCAAGCUGGACAAGUUUGGCCGGGCCAACGAUGCCACCCCAGCCAAGUGGUCCUCAGAGUACAAGGACUACAGCGCGGCCGACGACUCUGCCGUUGCCGCUGCCGCUGCCGUCGUCAGCACUCCCAAGAAGCAGACCGAGGACUCGAGCGUAACCAAGAUGGACAUCUCAAAGCCCGAGACGCCCGCCACCGAGGACGGCGACAAGAAGAAGCGGAAGAAGCACGAGGGCGAGACGCCCGACGAAAAGGCGGAGCGCAAACGACGGAAGGCUGAGAAGAAGGCGGCCAAGGCGGCCAAGAAGUCGGCCAAGGGAGAGGCGGCGGACGACGACGACAGCGACUGA